AUGGCGUCCUUUCAAGCUGAGCCCUUGAUAAAGCGUUCAGGAGGAGUUGGUGCUGGGGCUCCAGUGGCGCAAUCGGUUAGCGCGCGGUACUUAUACAGCAGUACACGACGAAGCAAUGCCGAGGUUAGCUGGCCCGCCCCGUUGGACGUCUGCGGGGCGUGCGGGCAGCGGCUGCAGAGCCGUCAGCCGAACCUCCUGCCGUGCCUCCACUCGCUGUGCCGCCGCUGCCUGCCCGCGCCCCGACGCUACCUGACCCCGAGCGGCGGAAGCGAGGCCGAGAGCUGGCCCGCCCCGUUGGACGUCUGCGGGGCGUGCGGGCAGCGGCUGCAGAGCCGUCAGCCGAAGCUCCUGCCCUGCCUCCAAUCGCUGUGCCGCCGCUGCCUGCCCGCGCCCCGACGCUACCUGCUGCCCCCAUCCUCCGCCGCCGCUUCCCGCGGCGGCCCCUGUGAAGAGGCGCCGGUGCCGCAGCCGCUCCUUCAGCCGGCCCCAUCCUCGCCUGUCGCCACGCCGCCCUGCCAGCCGGUUGGUGUUGUAUGUUGCCCAGUUUGUGGCCAGGAAUGCUCGGAAAGGCAUAUUAUAGAUAACAUCUUUGUGAAGGAUACUACUGAGGUUCCCAGUAGCACAGUGGAGAAGUCAAUUCAGGUUUGUACAAGCUGCGAAGACAAUGCAGAAGCCAGUGGGUUCUGUGUGGAAUGCGUGGACUGGUUAUGCAAGACUUGCAUAGAAGCUCAUUGGAGAGUGAAAUUCACAAAGGGCCAUACAGUCAGACAGAAAGUAGACAUAUCGUCAGAGGCUUUUGGUGCAACUCGUAAGCAACCUGUGUUCUGCCCUUAUCACAAAAAGGAGCAGCUGAAGCUCUAUUGUGAGACUUGUGACAAACUGACGUGUCGGGAUUGCCAGUUGCUGGAACACAAAAACCACAGGUACCAGUUUAUAGAAGAAGCCUUUCAGAAUCAAAAGGUGGUGAUUGAUAUGCUUAUUACGAAGCUGAUGGAGAAAAGUAAAUACGUAAAAAAUACAGACGAGCAGAUUCAGAAUAGGAUCCUUGAAGUGGAUCAGAAUCAAAAGCGGGUAGAACAGGACGUUAAAAUUGCUAUUUUCACAUUGAUGGUAGAAGUGAAUAAGAAGGGGAAAGCUCUUCUGCAUCAGCUAGAGUGUCUUGGUAAGGAACACUGGAUGAAGCUCCUGCAGCAACAAGAAGAAGUGGCUCGGCUUUCUAGGCAGCUGGACCAUGUCAUCAGCUUUGCAAAGUGGGCUGUUUCCAGUGGCAGCAGCACAGCUUUGUUGUACAGCAAACGGCUGAUUACUUUUCGGUUGCGAUGCCUCCUUAGAGCGAGGUGUGAUGCCCUACCAAAGUCUAACACCACCAUUCAGUUUCGCUGUGAUCCUAGCUUCUGGGCCCAAAAUCUCCUCAAUUUAGGUUCUCUGGUAAUUGAAGAUAAUGAAACCCCACCACACGUGCCUAAAAGCCCUGUGAUGGAACCAGACACACAGCCACAAAGUGGCUUCAAACCUUCAGAUCAACUGUCCAAGUUCCCAGCACAGAGCAGUUUAGCUCAACUGAGACUCCAGCACACGCUGCAGCAGCAGGCCCCGGCUCAGAGGCAGCGGCAGGCUCGACGGAGGUCAGGUCCGGAGGGUCUCCCAAACCCUAGAAUUGCAGGGCCCAUGCACCAGACUCCUCCUCUACCACCUCAGCAGCCCCCUCCGCUUUUGGUGAGCUUUCAGAAUCACAACCCCAAAUCGAAUGGCUCAGUUCCUCUUAGCCAGCCAGCGAGAGUUCCACAAAACCAGAAUGUGCCACAUCUAGCUGGCAGGCCCAAUCCACUACAGAUGGCGUUCUUGGCCCAGCAGGCUAUUAAACAGUGGCAAAUCCACGGUGGACAAGUUUCUGUUGCUACCUCAAAUUCCAGCAGUACUUCAUCAACUGCCUCCAGUCCUGUUAGUGCCGUUGGAUACGAUGAAAAAACGUUUGCUCUACCUGUGAUAGAUCUGACCGCAGCAAUGAGUGAUUCCUAUAUACUACCUUCUCUUCCUGAUAUUGAUGGUUCAGGAACUAUAUCCCUGGACAGCAUUGACAGGAGAGGUGGGAUUUUGGAGCAGAGCGAAUCCAAACCACCUUUACGCAAAACCGUCCGCUCCCCCAAUUCGGCAGUGCCAUCUCCAGGCCUUCCAGGGCCGGUUAUUUGUGGCACCCACCCUCCAGUUCGUUCACCCAGUACCUCCAGCGUCAGGAGCCAAAGCAGCUCUGGCUCCUCUAGCAGACUGCCGGUUGCUGAUUCAACCCAGAAAGUCCCAGUAGUUAUGUUGGGGCCCAUCAGAAUAAAGCAAGAGUCCGGUAUGCCAAGUGAGAGCUAUGGUUUCCCAGUUGUCACCGUGAAGCAAGACACAGAUGAAGAAUCCCGGAGUCAAAACACCAGUUUUUCAAGGAAUUUAGCUACCUCACUGCUGUUGGAUAACAAUCAAAAUCACUGCUCUGAAGAAGCAGUCUUGGGAACCGUAGCUCCAGGCUGUGCAGAUGACCAGCAGUCCAGUGGCAGGGGAACAUGGACUGGGACAGUUCAUACUGAAGAUGGUAGAAAAGAUGAUGACCCCAAUGAGGACUGGUGUGCAGUGUGUCAGAACGGAGGAGAGCUAUUGUGUUGUGACAGGUGUCCUAAAGUGUUCCACCUUUCCUGCCAUGUUCCUGUGCUCAGGAGUUUCCCAAGUGGAGAGUGGAUUUGCACAUUCUGCCGUGAUUUGUACAGCUCACAAACUGAAUAUGAUUAUGAUGGCCUAAGUCGUAUGUCUGAAGGCAAAAGAAAACUGGAUGGCAGUAUGGCACUGUCUCCUUCAGAUCAGAGGAAGUGUGAAAAAUUGCUGCUGUGCCUUUACUGCCAUGCGAUGAGCCUUGCUUUUCAAGAGCCUGUCCCCCCAACGGUGCCUAACUACUACAAAAUAAUUAAGAAGCCAAUGGACUUGUCAACAAUCAAGAAUAGACUGCAGGUUCAUCACCCAUUGUAUAGAAAACCAGGAGAUGUUGUAGCUGAUUUCCGACUGAUCUUCCAAAACUGUGCUGCGUUUAAUGAGCCUGAUUCAGAAGUGGCAAAUGCCGGCAUGAAGCUGGAAGCCUACUUUGAGGAACUUCUGAAGAACAUUUAUGCUGACAAGAUAUUUCCUGCCCGGCCAUAUUGCCACGCAAAUAUCAGUAGUCCAGACUUAAUGGACGAUUCCGAUGAUGACUGUGUACGGCCCCGGAAAAAAGCCACAAAGGGGAGGCAGUUUUUGAGAUGA